AGUGUGUGGAAGCGCCGGCGAGUGAGGAUCGAGACAGUGGGCUAUCGGAGCUCGGCCGCGGCACAUUCCCGCGGAGUCGAUGGCGCGCGUCGUACGCCUCGCGGACCCGCCGACCCACGCGACCAGCACACCAGGGAACUUCACAAACAAAACAAACACCUUCUAAACCAAGUUUCCAACCACUUAGUGACUAACCUAAUGCGUGAAAGUGACACAAAAACAACACUGUGUUUACGUGCCAAGUGAAUAAAAGUUGCAAUGAAAAUGACCAAGUGUGUUUUUAAGUGUUUACGACAGCACUGAUUGAGACUUUAUUGUGGAAUGUGCGCUGUGGAAUGCGUUUGAUACGGAUUAGAGGAUUUAAAAUUAGAACCGCCGAUAUAGAAUAUAGCUUGCAAUGAUCUGAGCACCACAUGGCAACUGUUGCUGAUAUUCUCUGCCGACAUAGUAAACGGGUCAAAAUGAUUGGUUGGAGGUUGCUAGUAUUGUGGGUAGCUAUUGUCGUGCCCGCAUCUUCAACGACUACUGACUAUGGAGAAGGAGAUAAUCGUCCUUCGGAUGGCCCAAAAAUUUAUCCAACACAAAGCGAGGUCGUGUUACAGAAGGGUCAAAACUAUACGUUCUUCUGUAGUGGAAAGCGAGAACUUACGUUUAAGCAACAAGAAGUGCCAGAAGAAGCGUACCAAACGUCGUUUCAGACCAACAUGACUGUGGAGAUGACGUCACACGAUCCAGAGAGUCACUAUAAGGUGGCACUGCACCUGUACAACGUAGACGACUAUGCGAUCGGUUACUACGCAUGCUUCGACGACACUGUAACAGAUACAGAAUUCUUGUCAGAUAUCAAAGAAGAACCGCGAAACACGCCACAUAUCUCGUACAUUUACGUCUACGUCAAUGGAACUGAAAGUCUUCUUGCGCCAAUGAAAGAGGUUGUAAUCGCUACAGUUGAUUCAGAUGUCGUGAUAGGAUGUAGGCCCACCACGCCCGACGUUCAAGUUACAUUGAACACGGACCCCAAUGAAGCAGACAAUGAAUACGAAAAUAUUGAGAACUACAACCCGAAGUUGGGGUUUAUUUUAGAUUCGCGAGAUCUCAUGGAUGUCUCAUUUUUCACUUGUAACUUUGCGAGCUCUGACCAAUUCCAGUCGAAAGACGUAUAUGUUCACAAAUUACUAGUGCAUCAACUGCCUGAGCCUAAGGUUUCUGUGACACAGCCUUAUUUCCUUGACGGAGACACUUUUGUUCUGAACUGUACCGUCGUGUAUGUACCGAACACGGCUCUCAUGCUGACAUGGACUUAUCCAGAAAAGGCUGAGAAGACGAUAAUAACGAGCGACACCAACGAGCGCGUCGUGACGGCUGCGGGCGGCACUCUCUACAACAACCUGACCGUCACCCAUGCGGCCCGAGAGAGUGCGGGCAACUACACCUGCGUCACCGACAACGGACAUGAGAGGAAGAGCGCCACCGUCGUCAAGAAGUUCUUAGAAAAAGGCUUCAUUACCAUGAAGAAGGGAAGGUCUGAUCCCAUUCUGGAGAACCCAGAGGGCAAGAUGAUGAGAUUCCACUUCAAUAUGAAAUCCUACCCACCUGCUAAAUAUGAUUUCCUAAAAGACAACGAAGUAAUUACAAAAAAUCCAAGAUACAAAGUGGAUGUGAUCCAAAGAACCGGGACUUAUAUUUUAACGCUCAACGGAUUGAUGGUGAAUGACACUGGAAACUAUACAUUAUCAGCCUCUAACGAUUAUGAGGAGAAAAGCGUUACAUACAAUUUCAGAGUACAAGCUCGGCCAGUGAUAAAAAACUUUGGAGAGGAAACUAAGUUUUAUGUCAAGGGCACAAGCGCUAGUUUGAUGUGUGAAGCCACUGGGUAUCCUUUGCCGAGCGUGAUGUGGAGUUUUGUCACAGAUGAAGGAGACUCUCAGGAAACACCGGGCACUGACUACAUGAGAUCUCUGUACGAAAUGCAAUCAGUGCUCAAAAUCAACAGAGUGCAAAGUUCAGGAAAUAUAACAUGCAUAGCUAAAAACAAAAUGGGUGAAGACGAACGCACUAACAGAUUUCUUGUCUACGAAAUACCAGGAGGCUUUGGUAUUCUGAAUAAGAAGAACGAGUGGUAUCCAGAAUCUCAGCUGGUGGUGAAAAUAUGCUUAGCAUCAAUAUACGACUAUGAGUAUGUAACGUGGAUACGAGAUGAUGGAAAGGAUUUGUCUAAUUACAUUAACAAUUCAUCAAACGAUUUAUCAUUAGUGUCUAAACUGAAGUUCGAUAGAGUUUCUGCGUACGACGCUGGUAAUUACUCCUGCGUCGCAGUGCGCUAUGACGGCCAGAACCAAACAGACACGAUAUCUAUUUCAGUAAAAGAGCUACGUGGCAUAGAGUUCAUAGAGCCGAGCACGGACAACUACACGGACGUGUACCUGUACCAGCCGGUGCGGCUCAGCUGCCUCGCCGACGCCGUGCCCAGGCCCGACAUACAGUGGUUCAAGGACGGGCUCCAACUGACAGACUACCGAGACGUGAAGGUGGUCCUGUCCAGUCUGAACGACACCACCCUCAACUCAACGGUCAUCAUCGGCCAGAUGCACGAAGAGGACAAGGGCAAGUACGAGUGUGUCGCCUUCAAUGAUCUGGAGAGACAUAGCCGGUUCUUCAACUUGAGCAUUACUGAAAAGACAACCCUGAAAGCGGCAUACGUAGCCAUCAUCGGCGCUAUAUUCUUCCUCCUUCUCUUACUCGUGCUGUACCUCGUAUGGAAGAUAAAGAAGGAGAAGAAACUACGCAAGGAGUUGGCGGCGGCCGGUCUGCUGUACUUCAACGAGGGAGUGGCUGGCUCCAUCAACCCUGAGCUGGGGAUAGAUGAACAGGCUGAACUACUCCCCUAUGAUAAUAAGUUUGAGUUUCCAGCCGAGAAAUUAGUGUUAGGUAAACAACUGGGUGCCGGCGCUUUCGGCGUAGUCUACAAGGCGGACGCGAGGGGCAUCGUCGACGCGGAAGAGACCACCACCGUGGCUGUCAAGAUGGUGAAGAAGACGGCUGACAACAUGUACAUCAAGGCACUGGCCUCUGAGCUCAAGAUCAUGGUGCAUCUCGGGAAGCACGUCAAUAUUGUGAACCUGCUUGGAGCGUGCACUAAGAAUGUCGGCAAACGAGAGCUGAUCGUGAUAGUGGAGUACUGCAAGUUCGGGUGCAUCCACACGUACCUGCAGCGCCACCGCGAGGUGUUCAUCGACCAGCUCACCGAGAGCAAGGAGAAGGGCUUCGGUAGAGUCAAUCGAGGGUUCUCUAGUAGCAGUGCUAAUAGUGGCACACAUUCCGAUUAUUUCGGAUAUUCAAACCAGAGCCAGGGCACCGACAACACCUUCGUCAACACUGCGAAUACCAACCGAUCCGGCAGGAAAGAAAAUCCGAAACAUCCGGCUGAUUCGGAAAAGGCUUCCGAAACGGGCUACGUCCAGCCGGAGUGGCGUUCGAACUACGAGAGCGACUACUCCGAAGGCCGGAGCCCGCGGCCGCUGUGCUCGCGAGACCUGCUGUGUUGGGCCUUCCAGAUCGCCAGGGGCAUGGACUACCUCGCUAGUAGGAAGGUUCUUCACGGUGACUUAGCAGCUAGAAAUAUUCUAUUAGCAGAAGAUAAUGUCGUAAAAAUAUGCGACUUUGGAUUAGCGAGGAGCAUUUACAAGAAUGACGAGUACCAGAAGAAAGAAAAUAGCCCAGUCCCGAUCAAAUGGUUGGCCAUAGAGUGCAUGAUGGACCGGAUAUUCUCGACCCAGUCGGACGUGUGGUCGUUCGGUGUGGUGCUGUGGGAACUGUUCUCAUUGGCCAAGACGCCGUACCCCAACAUCAGCCUCCAAGGCAUACUGCCCUGGUUGGUCGCUGGCAACCGCCUCGGCAAGCCGGCGUACGCGGACGAGCGGCUGUACUCCGUGAUGCUGCGCUGCUGGGACGCCAAGCCGCCCGCCCGGCCCUCCUUCGCCGAGCUCCAGGAGACCUUGGGGUCCUUCCUCGAGGAUAACGUCAGGAAUCACUACAUCGACCUGAACUCUCACUACAACGACAUAAACUCUGCGAAGCGCGCCGAGGGCGUGGAGGACUACCUGGCCAUGGUGGUGGCUCCCGACUACAACAACAUGGUGACCCCCAGCCCUCACCACUACGUGAAUGAGGCGAAUAGCUUCUUCCCGCCGACGCCCGCUGCCGCGGUUCAACUGCAGCAUGAUGACGAAGGCUAUUUACAAAUGAGUCCGGCGACAAAUCCGCCGGUAUUCAGCCCACGUGCGCAAGACACCAAAUUCGAUUUCGACGCCCGGAAAUUGAACCCCCGAGUUCACAACGACCACGCCCACUGCGAGCUGACUCCGAUGCUGACCCUCAACAAUCUGCCGGCGCGGGGGGGCUCCGAGUCCGACCAGGACGGCAGCACCUCCCCCUACCUCAAGAUGUGCCCGAGAAUAGACGAGGAGGCCGACGAAGUGUUCGAAAAACAAAACAACGCGAAGAAUAUUGCCGUGUCCAACCCCACGUACCUCGGCAUCAACUUUGAUCAGGAUAUAGAGAAGAAACCAGUGCAGUACGUGAACACGAGCGCGCAUAAUGGUCUAGUCAUUUAGUUUAGGUGUGUAAUGUGAAGCUUGGUGUACGGAUUCGACUCAUGGCUGGUUAUGAAAGGUACCAGUAAGUUUAACUCAUUUUUUUUAUUUUCGGGAUUGGAUAUGGAAGAGCCCUCUGUAAAUUGGAAGUUUUGAGAGAUUUCUAAUAAGUUUAUAAGCAUAUUUGCUUCUUCAUUGCAUUGUCAAUAUUUGCAAGAUAAAUUACGAUGUUAUUUGAGUUAUUCAUUUACCUAGGUAUGGCUAAGAAUUUGAUCUCCAAUACUAUGCAUACUAUAUAUUAUAUAUUCCUUUUCUGUAAAUAAUUCUGCUAGUACCUAUUGUUCUAUAAUUCUAUUAUUACUUUAAGGCUAUAUACAUAAAUACCUAAGUUAAUAGUAAUGAAUGAAGCAGUGUUAGGGCGGGCGGCCAGAAUAAAGGAUGUGAUAUUUUAAUUAGUUGAGAAAUCCUCAUUAGAACAUAUUAGAGUGCAGUAUUUUUAAACAAUCCCCACCAUACUUUAUUUUUCUUUAAAAUUUUAAAGAACAAUAAUUUAUUUUCAUCUAAAUAUUUUUAAUCCAAUGAAAUACCUAUGUAGGUAAAAACAUGUUGAGAAAAUUGAGAAGUUGUGUAAGUGUUAGUAAAUACACGUUGGCAUAUUUUUGUUUAUAUAUAUUAUGAGCAAGCUAUUUAGUUAUCUGUUUAUUAGGUAAGUAGGUAUAUAAAUGUAUGUAGUUAUGUUUAAGUAUCCAAUAACAAAAUAGAUUCACUAUAACAUCCGAAAAAGUGUUAUAUACAUGGUUAGGUUAUAUAUUUAAUUUCAAAUAAAAUUGCAUUUAUCGUUGUUAUAUUAAAUAUUUAAUUGCGAGUUUAUGUAUUUAAGUAGGACUUUGAUUCACACGUUAAGUUUUCAAGAGGUUUUACGAAGUCUAAAUUUUAUUUAAUAAAACGUACACCGAAAAACAAAGAUGACAAAGAAUAUAACGGUAUUAUUAGUAUUCCUUUCAAAAAUUUCAUUCAUGUACAAUAACAUAUGCAUGUUUUAUGUAUUGAUUAUAAUCAUACAUAUAAUAAUAAUAAUAUUAACUCUCCACCUAGCUUCUUAUUGGUAACCAGAUAUUGAGAGCCAAAUUAAUUUUAUAUUUUUAUGAAAGAACUAUACCUACUUAUUUGUAAUCUUCAUAUGGAACUAUGACGGAUUAUAUUUGUUAGAGGUCGAUUCGAGUACCGCAUAUUAUUGUACAAACACACUUGCAAGAAAAUAAUUAGCGAGAAGAAUUAACAAGAACACACUUCUUUUAUGAAAUGCCAUAUUCAAUAUUUUUACAAUCAUUAAAAAUUAUAAUAAAUGUGUAUCUAAAUGUU